AUGGAGAUGACCUUGAUUGUUCUGACAGAUGGUGUUUGGGGAGUUAUGGUGCGGGAGGACGCUGUUGACCAGGUUCUGGACAAGCUCACGGACUCCUUUCACAUUAUCAGAGGCAUCGACCUUUUGAGGCGACCCGUUUGUGUCCAAUUCGUCCAAUUCGGAGAUGAUGAACGCGGCAUUCAACGUCUCCGCAGACUUGAUUCAGACAAGCGAUAUCAACAUAUUGUCGAUAUUACGCCAGCAACUGAAAACAUCUUCAAGAUGCUGCUAGGCAGUUUUCUUGACAAGUGGGACAUCGCCGGUGAUGCCGAGGAAGGAGCGCCUUCUCCCAUGUGA